GGAAAAAAGGCUGUUGUUUCCUCAUACGUUUCGUUCCUCCAAUGCCAAUUCGCAAAUAACAACACAGAACACACAAAUUACCAAUUUCUUUUCUUCCUCCAUCGCAAACAAAAACCCUAAUUGCCUCCUUCUGAAUCCAUAAAUUCCUCUUUCUCUCUCUCUCUCUCUCUCUCUCUAUCGCGUUUCCAGUAUUUGACUUGUGUGGGUGAAAAUCCAUUGGCUUCGAUUGCAUCUACGAGACGCCUUGUUUCCUGCGUUUAGACGAACAAUCUCCUUCCGGACUUUUAGGGUUUUGGUGUCCUCUCUCUCGCCUUUCUCCAUCCUUGCUUUAUCGGGUUAGGGAUAAUUUUGGCUGUUUUUUUAGAUUGUCCCCGAUAAAAUAGAGAAUAGAGAGGCAUACGCGUUGGUGUUAGGGUUUCUUGUUUUCGUUUCAUCAUUGGAGUUGUCGCUUAGGCACUGAACCGGCGGGUGGUUCCGAUGAGGGUGUUGUUUUAAUUGUCAUUUUACCCAUUCUGCGUGAGAGAUGGAAGUCUAGAAGGUUUUUUUUUUUUUUUUUAAUCAUCUGAAGAUUGAAUCUUGAGUUUGAGAAGCCGAGGGAUUUGGAUUUCCUCUCCUGGCUUCAUUUUGUGACAAGGGAAGAGAAAAAGAAAAGAGUUUAUAAUUUUGUGUGGGAGGGUGAAGUAAGGUUAGUGUGUUUCUGUCUUUUAUCUGAUGAGGUACGGCUUUCAUAAUGGACAAAGGUGAACCCUCUUUAGUUCCGGAAUGGUUGAGAAGUUCAGGGCAUGCUUCUGGUGGUGGGAGUUCAAACCACCUCCUUAUAUCAUCUUCUUCUCACUCAGAUUCUGCAUCUUUACCUCAUAAUAGUCGGAAUAAGAACUCUUGGAACAAAAGUGAUGUUGAUUCCGUUCAUUCUCCUUUUCUGGAUCGAUCUUCUUCUGCUAAUUCCAGGAGGGGCUCUAGUAAUGGGUCUGCUAAGCAUCCGUAUAGUAGUUUCAACUUCAAUAGGAGUCAAAGAGAUAAGGACCGCAGCAGGGACAAGGAUAGGAUAAGCUAUGUGGAUCCAUGGGACCUUGACACUUCUCUCCCUCUCAGAAAUAUCUUAACUGGUAGGGAUCAGGACCAACUGCGACGAUCACAUUCAAUGGUGACUAGGAAACAGGCCGACCACUUAUCUCGAGGGCUUUCAGUGGGCUUGAAAAAUGGUGGUGGUAGUAGUAGUUACAACGGGAAUGGUAUACUUCAUGGACCUAGCAUUGGCAAUAGUUUUCUGAGGACUGGUUUUGAUAAGGAUUUUCCUUCGCUCGGAGCUGAAGAGAAGCAUGGUGGGCAAGACGUUGUACGGGUCUCAUCUCCUUGUCUAGGCUCAGCUGUUCAGAGCUUGCCAGUUGGUAACUCUCCUUUGAUUGGUGGGGAAGGUUGGACAUCGGCUCUGGCAGAGGUUCCCAAUGUCAUCGAGAAGGCUUGUGCUGGGCCCUUAACUUCUCCGAAAGCUAAUGUUGUUAGCAUAGGAUCUUCAACUGGUCUUAACAUGGCUGAAGCAUUGGUUCAGUCUCCAGCAAGAACGCUUACCCCUCCACAUGGAUCUUUGAAGACACAAAGACAUGAGGACUUGGCAAUCAAGCAGUCAAGGCAGUUGAUUCCGGUUGUGCCGUCAGCACAAAAGUGCUCGAUUCUUAACUCUUCUGAUAAAUCCAAGACAAAGCAAAUGGUUCGAGCUGGUGAAAUUUGUCUUGCUCCCUCAAGAAACUCCCAACAGCAGCCCUCUGUCCUGCUCGGAAAUGUCCAGUCUAAUCCUAGUGGUCAAAUUAAAUCAGAGAAGAAGCUGUUGGUUCUCAAACCUGCUAGGGAAACUGGUGUUGCUGCUGUUAAAGAAUCUGGAAGUCCUAGUAGUAAUCCAAACAGCAGACCCAACUCUAGCCAGCUAAUGAAUACUGCUCAAUCACCACAAUCUGCUACUGUGAGAAGUACAAACAACAGCCCAAGGGAGCACAAGGGAAUAACCUCCUUCACCAUGACAUCUGGGCAAACCAUUGAAAAGAAACCUUACUUAGCUCAGACUCAGAGCAGGCAUGCAUUUUUCAGUGCUCUGAAGCAGAAAACCAUAUCAUCAACAAACAUCUCUACCGAUCCUGUUAACCCUUCAACCACUCGCGUCUCUUCUUCCGUUGAGGAAAAAGUACUCACGUCAAAGGAGCUUGUAGCUAGUGACUCGUCAAGUUCGCAGGUUACAUGUGGUCUUGAAGUCACUCAAAGGAAUACUAUUGGUUUUGAGGCAGCAGACACUCCAGAUGAGGAAGAAGCCGAGUUUCUCAGAUCGCUUGGCUGGGAUGAAAACAAUGGCGAAGUUGAAGCUCUUACAGAGGAGGAGAUAAAAGCUUUUAAUGAACAGUACAAUAAGCUGAGGCCGUCACUUCCGCAGAAACUGUCCAUCAUACAAGAGCAAGAGAGUGUAACCUAGGAUCUUCGAAACCAACCUUACAAACUGAAGAAAUUACUGGUUUUUUACUCCAUGGAACAUAGUUUCUAAUUUCUUUUUUUUUUCUUGAAAAAAAACUGGUUACUACUUUUGGCAAUAGAAGGGAGAAAAGCAGGAGGGGUUUUUGGGUUUUGUUUGAUGGUUUUUAAAAUUUGUGCUAAGAAGCUUAUCAUGAGGGCCACGAGGCUUGAGUGUGCGAUAAGUGUCCUGCCCUUUUCGGACUUUGUAGAUCUUUGGUCAGUUGACAAAGAAAAAAAGU